AGAAACAGCAUGUAUCAUCCAGUGACUCGGAAGAGGAGCGCAAGCGAGAGCAGGAAGAGGCUGAGAGACAGCGACAGAAUCAGCUGUGGCUGGAGCGAGAACGACAGGCUCAGAUGGCCUUCCAAGCCAAGAAACAGUGGGAGGAGAAUGAGAGAAAGAGGAAAGAAGAAAUGGAGAGAAAAAUCAGAGAGGAGUGGGAGGAAAGAGAGCGCCGAGAAAAAGCGGAACAGGAGAGCAAAGAAAAGCAGGAGCAAGAAAGACGCCAGAAGCAGGACAAGUUGCUGCAGGAGGCCACGGCCAAUGAGAACACGGAGGCGUGGCACAACCCGUUUGCUCCCGUCCAGUUCAGCAAAGAGAGACAGUUGGAUCAUUGUCCAUUCUUCAAGAAAACGGCGGCUUGUAGAUUUGGGGAUCAAGAAUCUGCGGCUCAGAAGGCCUAUGAGAAGUUCAACGCCCGAUGGUACGGGGGUCGGCAGCUGACCUGUGUCUUCGUUAACAUUGAGUCUUGGAAGAAUGCCAUCUGUGGUUUAGCCUUUAAAAAGCGCUGCCCAAAGGGAAAAGCUUGCAAUUUUUUGCAUGUCUUCAGAAAUCCUGGCGGGGAAUUUACGAACAUGGACCGAGAUGGGCUUCCAUCCGAGAGGUAUCAGGGGUCUGACCGUGUAAAUGGGCACUACCUUCGACACUGGGACAGGUCUGCGGGAGAUUCUGUAAGAUCAGACAGGUCACGACGGAAAUCUGGCUCAAGGUCACCUGGUAGGAGAUCUCGGGGAGAUUCUGUAAGAUCACCUGGUAAGAGGUCUCGGGGAGAUUCUGUAAGAUCACACAGGUCUCGAUGGAAAUCUGGCUCAAGGUCACCUGGUAGGAGGUCUCGGGUAGAUUCUGUAAGAUCACCUGGUAGGAGGUCUCGGGGAGAUUCUGUAAGAUUACACAGGUCUGGACGGAAAUCUGGCUCAAGGUCACCUGGUAGGAGGUCCCGGGAGGAAUCUGUGAGAUCACACAGGUCUCGAUGCAAAUCUGGCUCAAAAUCUCCUGAAAGGACGUCUGAGUUUCGGCGCAGGUCGAGAUCUGUUGAUAGACGUUCAAAUGGCUCUCACAGGUCAACUUCAAAAUCUUUGGUAGGCAGAUAUAAAGUUUAUCGCAAGUCACGAUCCAGAUCAAGGUCAGUGGAUGGAAGUUCUAAAGUUCAUCAUAGAUCAAGGUCCAGAUCAAGGUCGGUGGAUAGAAGUUCUAAAGUUCUUCUUAGGUCAAGGUCCAGAUCAAGGUCGGUGGAUAGAAGUUCUAAAGUUCUUCUUAGGUCAAGGUCCAGAUCAAGGUCAGUGGAUAGAAGUUUCAGAGUUCAUCGUAGGUCGAGAACAAGAUCAAGGUCAGACGAUAGAAGUUCUAAAGUUUGUCACAGGUCCAGAUCACGAUCACCAUCUAGAUCUUCGCAUGUGCCACAUCGAUCUCGGUCUAAACGUAGGUCCAGGUCAAAGUCUUCUAGUAAAUCAACUCGACCUGACCGCAGGUCAAAAUCUAGGUCACCGAGAUUGCCCAGGUCAUGUCCUGAAUCCGGCCUAAAGAGAAGUCAGAAGGUCACGAAAACGAAGAAGUCUAUGACAAGAUCUCCAUCUUCAGUAAUUAACAAAAACCGAAGUUCAAAAUCCGAGUCAUCAUCGCCUUCAUCAUCAUCAUCAUCGGUUAGCAGCCCUGAGCUGUCAUCCUCAGGUACGGACAGGAGAAAGCAGCAAGACCAGGUGUCUGGUCAGAUCAACGACGGCAGGAAGUCAGAAGCUAAACAUUCAGAGGAUGAAGAAUUUGAAUAUGUUGAGGUCACCAAAGAAUCUUUGGCUGUGUGA